AUGGUGCAAUUAACAUUGGUUGCAGCUGCUAAGGAUGUGCCUUCGAUUUGGCAAUUCUUUUCUUAUUUGACUUCCAUUGUAAACUUUGUCACCUCGUCUCCUAAACGUCUUAGUGAUUUACAACCUACUCAACAAGAAGAGAUUGCAUAUAUGUUGGCUAUUGCAACUUGUAAGAUCCUUGGAAAUCUCAGUGAAAAUGGGCCAAAUGGUACAAUACGUGGGGAAGCUUGUGGUUUAUGCAACAUAAUUAUGAAUUUUGAAUUUGUAUUUGUGUUUCUUUUGAUGGAAAAUAUCUUAGAAACCAUUGACAUUCUUUGUCAAGCUCUACAAAAUAAAUCACAAGACAUUGUGAAUGCUUUAAAAUUUAUCUCAACCACAAAAGUUAUCCUUCUAAAAUUUAGAGAAGAUGGUUGGAAUGAAUUUUUUGAGAAAGUAAAGACUUUUUGUGAACGACAUAAUAUUGAGAUGCCUGAUAUGAGCUAUGGUUAUAAAGUUAAUCGUUAUUAUCAACAACGGGAUCAUGUCACAGUUGAGCAUCAUUAUCACUAUGAUAUUUUUAAUGCUGCAAUAGAUUUUCAAGUGAUGGAACUAAAUUGUAGAUUUAGUGAGGCAAUAAUGGAACUUCUUGCUCUUUUUUCAGCUUUGGAUCCUAUUGAUUUAUUUAAAAAAUUUAAUAUGGGCGGUAUUUGCAAGCUUGCAUCAAAAUUUUAUCCUGCUGAUUUUACUCAACAAGAAAUUCAUGCUUUGAGAGUUGAAUUGGAACACUAUCAACUUGACAUAGUUUGUGAUCGUGAGUUUCAACAAAUUUCUACUCUUUCUGCAUUAUAUAGAGAAAUGAUUGUGACCAAAAAGGCUAAGAGUUAUGUUAUGAUUUAG